UUUGGGCCACGCCACACGCCGCAAGCUGUGUGUCAUAGUUCAGCUCCCCGUUGCUUUCCGGUUCGCCGAAGUUGCUGGUGUCGGAGUGUUUGACGUUUCCUUGCGUUUUUUUGAUUUUUUCAAGGCUUCGCGGUUGCGACGAAACAUGUGUCGAGUGGGCGAGGGGGAUGCAGUGGAGUGCUGAGCUCGUGAAGUGGAAAUAGGUGUACUGACACGGCUUGGAAACGGGCUUUGGUCCAAGCGGGGCUACCAGGAUGUCGAGUAAAAUGGACGGGCUCAAUUUGGGCUACUCUUACCAAUUGCCCUCGGGGCGCACGAGCGGCUGGAACUUUAAACUACGCAAUGCUCUGUCACAGUGCAGCGACGUUUUCAGCGAAUUCAACAAAUACAUCGCACCCGCUUACCAUCACGAUCGUUGCGAAAGGUCUGUAAAUAUGCGAUUGUACUCGAUGCACAAACGGGAAUUCGUAAUGGUGCUAGUUUCGUUUUUCGCCUGUUUCGGCUUAGCGGUGUUCAUUGGACUCGCCGGACCUCCGAUAACAUCCAUGACAGAGCAAAGAGCACACGUCAAUGCGAGCGAAAAGGCGACGGGACCGUUCAUCAUGCACACCCCACCUUUAUCUACUUACAACCAACAGCUGUGGGUGAUUGCAAAGUUGUCCACGGCUAAUAAUGACGAUGAAAGGUACGACAAGAGUUUCCAAGUGAGCGUAUCGAUAGAUGGUAUUACAGUGGACAAAAAGAUCGAGCACCUCCUAACGCCAGAUGGCGACCACAACCGAACGAGGCAUUUGAAAUGCGAGCGUCAGUCCUGCGAGGAAAUCGUCGUAGCGCAUCUCGGAUUUCUCGAGUACAGCCACUACGUAAUCACGGUCCGUUUCUAUGGACUCGAGAGCUUCCACCAGCGCUACACCAUUCGAGAUCUCACGUUCUACUUCAAACACUAUAAUCCGGCCUUCACGCAAAUCGAAGUGUGGUUCAGAUUGAUCUUUUUGAUAAUAACGUUUGUAGCGACGUGUUGGUUCGGAAAUGCUUUGAGGAAGUAUCCGAUACAAGACUGGUCCAUAGAGCAAAAAUGGAUAUCGGUUUUGUUGCCUCUGUUGAUAUUAUACAAUAAUCCCCUGUUUCCCACGAUAUUCCUCGUGAAUUCCUCGUUGCCCGGGAUGAUCGACGCUUUUCUGCAGACGACCUUUUUGUGCGCUAUUUUGAUGUUCUGGCUGUGCGUGUAUCACGGAUUGAGACAGAAUAAAUGGAAGAUGAUAACGUUUUACUUGCCGAAACUGCUGGUGGUCGGGUCGUUGUGGGGAGCGACUCUACUAUUGGCCACUUGGUUGAGAUGGUCGGAAAUGGAAGACCCUACCUACAACUACGUUGUCGAUACGUCUAACUACUACGGGUUCAAAGUUUUUUACUUCACCGUUGGAGGGAUUUAUCUAGUAUACCUGCUGUUACUCAUGGUUCGAGCUUACAGUGAGUUGCGAUCCAUGCCUUAUUUCGAUCAACGCUUGAGAUUCAUGACGCUGUUCGUGGCGAUAGUCAUCGGGACGUCGGCGCUGAUAACGGCGAGGCAGUUCGGGGCUGGUGUACUGGAGGACAGCUUCGUCUCGCGUCUGUCGACGCACUACAAGACCUCGGCGCAGUUCAUGGCCCUCUACGGUCUCCUCAACUUUUACCUGUACACGAUGACCUACGUCUACGCUCCCGGAGCUCAGCAAGUCUACGGACAACAUUCUUCGAUAACGAAGGACAAUCCGUCCUUCUCGAUGAUCAACGACUCGGACGAGGAUGUGAUCUACGGCUCGGAUGAGGACAGUCGGCGACCCCUGACCCGGCCACCUCGCAAUGCCGACGACAGCGACUGA